CCUGGGUUAUGCAACGGCCGCGGUGCGCGGGCUGCGCAGGUCCCGCCGCCCCAGUGCCGCAGGGCAGGGCAGGGCAGGGCAGCGCGGGGGCCGCGAGGGCGGCGGGCACCGGGCCGGCGGCGCUCAAGGCGCGCUCCCCGCGCCCUCCCCCGGCGCCCGUGUGCGUGCCCCGCGCUGCCUGUGAGUGGCAGCGGCGGCCGCCGCCAAGUCCCGCCUGUUCCGCUCUCCCUGCCGCAGGCGGCGGCGGCGGCGGGUUGGCUUCCUGCGCGCUGUGCCGCUCCCCCUCCCCCCGGCAGUCGGAGCCGCAGCGGCAGCAGCCCGGAUCCCCGAGCCAUGGCUCAGUGAGAGCAGCACAUGGCGGCCGCAGCAGCCAUGAGCCCCCCACUAAUCCAUACAACUCCCCCCUGAACGGCCACCGACGGCAGCCAGCGCUCCCACCCGGCUCCACCGCUCCCACCGCCCACCCGCAACUACAGCCGCCGCCGCGCCGCCCGGCCCGAGCCCAGACCCCUCCGCCGCCGCUGCCGCCGCCGCCGGACCCCCGCUCGCCUGCCCGCCGCCGUCGCCCGGUCCUCACCAUGGGAGUGCAGGGUUUCCAGGACUACAUCGAGAAGCACUGCCCCAGCGCCGUGGUGCCCGUCGAGCUGCAGAAGCUGGCGCGGGGCAGCCUCGUGGGUGGGGGCCGCCAGCGGCCCCCCCAGACCCCGCUGCGCCUCCUCAUCGACGCCGACAACUGCCUGCACCGGCUCUACGGCGGCUUCUACACGGACUGGGUGAGCGGCGGGCAGUGGAACCACAUGCUGGGCUACUUGGCGGCCCUGGCCAAGGCCUGCUUCAACGGCAACAUCGAGCUCUUCGUGUUCUUCAACGGUGCCCUGGAGAAGGCCCGGCUCCACGAAUGGGUGAAGCGCCAGGGCAACGAGCGCCAGACGGCGCAGCAGAUCGUCAGCCACGUCCAGAACAAGGGCACCCCGCCGCCCAAGGUCUGGUUCCUACCGCCCGUCUGCAUGGCGCACUGCAUCCGCCUGGCCCUCAUCCGCUUCCACAUCAAGGUUGCACAGAGCAUUGAAGAUCAUCAUCAAGAAGUAAUUGCUUUCUGCAGAGAGAAAGGUUUCCAUGGUUUGGUUGCAUAUGACUCCGAUUAUGCGUUGUGCAACAUCCCUUACUAUUUCAGUGCCCAUGCCCUAAAACUGAGCCGUAAUGGGAAAAGCCUCACAACAAGCCAAUACCUAAUGCAUGAAGUUGCCAAGCAACUGGACCUGAAUCCAAAUCGCUUUCCUAUUUUUGCUGCUCUUCUAGGUAAUCAUAUUCUACCUGAUGAAGAUUUGGCUUCCUUUCAUUGGAGUUUACUUGGUCCAGAACAUCCACUAGCUUCACUUAAGGUACGUGCUCACCAGUUAGUUUUACCACCCUGUGACGUAGUGAUCAAAGCCGUAGCUGACUACGUCCGAAAUAUUCAGGACACCACUGAUUUGGAUGCCAUAGCUAAAGAUGUUUUUCAACAUUCACAGUCUAGAACAGAUGACAAAGUUACUCGGUUUAAGAGAGCAGUUGCAUAUUACUCAGCAACUAAUAAACCUAUGCCAUUUCAUCCAUCACAUUACCUAGCAGCCAGACCAAAUCAGUUUGGUAUGCCUGGGAUAGUGCCACCAUAUGUUCCUUCUCAGAUGCUUAACAUUCCACAGACCUCACUACAAGCAAAACCUGUGGCCCAGCAGAUGUCCAAUCAGGGUGGGGCCCAAGGUCAGGGUCCAUACCCAUAUAGUCUCUCUGAGCCAGCCAUCACCUUGGAAACAGGUGGAAAAAGUCUUUCUGAGCAGAACAACUACAGUAACAUUCCUCCCGAAGGAAAGCAUACCCCACUGUAUGAACGGUCCUCUCCCAUCAACCCGGCCCAGAGCGGCAGCCCUAACCAUGUGGAUUCAGCCUACUUCCCUGCCUCUUCUACAUCCUCCUCCUCCGACAACGAUGAAGGCAACGGCGGUGCAGUGAACCAUGUCAGCGGGAACAAAAUAGGCUGGGAGAAAACGGGAGCCCAGUCAGAGAGUCAAGCGCGUGGAGAGCUGGGAGACCAAACAAAGGUAGAAGGUUCCUCUAGUGCUUCUUCGGGAAGCCAGGCAGCUGACGUCAAAGGGAAUCAAAGCAGUAAUCCACAGAUCCCAUGCCUGUUGUCAAUGCCCACCAGAAACCACAUGGAUAUUACUACCCCUCCAUUACCUCCUGUAGCACCUGAAGUAUUAAGAGUGGCAGAACACAGGCACAAGAAGGGGUUAAUGUAUCCUUACAUCUUUCAUGUUCUAACCAAGGGCGAAAUCAAGAUCGCCGUGUCUAUAGAAGAUGAAGCCAACAAAGACCUGCCUCCUGCUGCUCUCCUCUACAGGCCAGUUCGUCAGUAUGUUUACGGAGUCCUCUUCAGCCUGGCAGAAAGCAGGAAGAAAACUGAAAGGCUUGCCUUCAGAAAGAACAGGCUGCCCCCAGAAUUUUCACCAGUGAUCAUUAAAGAAUGGGCUGCUUACAAAGGAAAGUCUCCUCAGACCCCUGAGCUGGUGGAAGCACUUGCAUUCAGGGAAUGGACCUGUCCCAACCUGAAGAAGCUGUGGCUGGGAAAAGCAGUGGAAGACAAGAACCGAAGAAUGAGGGCGUUUUUGGCCUGCAUGAGAUCAGACACACCAGCAAUGCUCAACCCAACUAACGUGCCCACUCAUCUUAUGGUGCUCUGUUGUGUACUAAGGUAUAUGGUACAGUGGCCGGGGGUUCGGAUACUUCGCCGCCAGGAGCUUGAUGCUUUUCUUGCCCAAGCAUUGUCUCCGAAGCUGUAUGAACCCGACCAGCUGCAGGAACUCAAGAUAGAGAACCUGGACCCGCGCGGGAUCCAGCUGUCUGCGCUGUUCAUGAGCGGGGUGGACAUGGCUCUCUUCGCCAACGACGCCUGCGGCCAGCCCAUCCCCUGGGAGCACUGCUGUCCCUGGAUGUACUUUGAUGGAAAGUUAUUCCAGACCAAGCUCAUCAAAGCAAGCCGGGAGAAAGUUCCACUCAUUGACCUCUGUGACGGUCAGGCUGAGCAGGCAGCCAAGGUUGAAAAGAUGCGUCAGAGCAUCCUAGAAGGAUUAAAUUUCUCCAGGCAGAACCAUCCUCUCCCUUUCCCACCUCCACCUGCCAUGCCUUUCUAUCCAGCUUCUAUGUAUCCUCGACACUUUGGGCCAGUCCCACCACCUCAGGGCAGGGGGAGAGGCUUUGCUGGAGUCUAUGGCUUCGGAGGCCCUUAUGGGGAAACAGUAGCCACAGGCGCUUACCGGGCCUUCCGGGUGGCGGCAGCGGCAGGACACUCCGGAGCCUUCUCUGGCACUGACAGCAACAGGACUAGCAAGUUUCAGGGCGGAGUCCAACCUAUUCCUUCUCAGGGAGGGAAACUUGAAAUUGCCGGCACUGUAGUCGGCCACUGGGCUGGAAGCAGACGCGGACGAGGGGGCAGAGGGCCAUUUCCUCUGCAGGUUGUGUCUGUGGGAGGCCCAGCCAGAGGGCGUCCUAGAGGAGUUAUUUCCACUCCGGUGAUAAGAACUUUCGGAAGAGGCGGAAGGUACUACGGGAGAGGUUAUAAAAGCCAGGGAGCAAUUCAGGGCAAACCUCCUUACGCUGCUUCAGCAGAAGAAGUAGCCAAAGAACUUAAGUCAAAAUCAGAGGAAUCUAAGUCCUCACUUGUGUCUUCAGAUGGAUCCCUGGCUGAAAAUGGAGUUGUGAAUGAGGAAAAACCAGCUUCCCAGAUGAAUGGGAACACAGGAGACAUCAGGGCUUCCAAUCAGUCUGAAAGUGCCUUGAGUAAUGACUCUAAAAUGUGCAAUACAAAUCCUCACUUAAAUGCACUAAAUGCAGACAGUGUUUGCCAUAAAGAUGACGCUCUUGAGGCCACUGUCUUAAAAAAAGAAGAGUAAACUUAUUUUUUAUAGAGGGUGAAGGAUGUUGGGAAGGGUCAGGAUUAGGAAUACCUGGAAAGAAAGAGAGCCUACAGUUAUGUACAUUUUUUCCUUUCCGUAAGAGAAGAAAAAAAACAAAAACAAAAACCGAGGACUUUGGAAAUUCGGAUCCCUCUUUGGAUGUCAGAGAUCUAAACAAAAAACAAAACAAACAGCACAGUUUUGGGUGGUUUUUUCUUUUUUUUUUU